UCGCGCUGAGCGCCUCCCGCCGUCUCCCACUGCAGCCCCCACCGCCCCUUCGCAAGGCUCGGCGCCUCCCGCCAUCUCCCACUGCAGCCCCCACCGCCCCUUGGCAAGGCUCGGCGCCUCCCGCCACCUCCUCGGUCGCUUCGGCCGCUCCAGCUCCUCACAGCCGCUAAACCCAGGCCUAUCCCGCGGUCGGUUCUCCUCGGCCCUCUUCGCCGUGACGAAUCGGCGCCCGGCUAGGAAAGUAUCCAAAUUCGGGGAGUUUUGAGGAACCAAUGGGGCCUGAAAAAAAUCCCGGAGUGUGCUAAGCAUCACCGCAUCCUCACUAGAAGGUUUAUUUUUUCCAAAGAGGGUCGGGUGGGGCCCCGAAAACAAAAAAAUUAAGAAGAGUGUGGAAAGUGCGAGUGCGGAAGCUCCGGACGCGAGGGGCGGGGCGUGCGCGGGACAAAGGGAAGCGAAGCCGGAGCUGCGGGCGCUUUUUCUGCCCGCGGUGUCUCAGAUUCAUUCUUAAGGAACUGAGAACUUAAUCUUCCAAAAUGUCAAAAAGACCAUCUUAUGCCCCACCUCCCACCCCAGCUCCUGCAACACAAAUGCCCAGCACACCAGGGUUUGUGGGAUACAAUCCAUACAGUCAUCUCGCCUACAACAACUACAGGCUGGGAGGGAACCCGGGCACCAACAGCCGGGUCACGGCAUCCUCUGGUAUUACGAUUCCAAAACCCCCAAAGCCACCAGAUAAGCCGCUGAUGCCCUACAUGAGGUACAGCAGAAAGGUCUGGGACCAAGUAAAGGCUUCCAACCCUGACCUAAAGUUGUGGGAGAUUGGCAAGAUUAUUGGUGGCAUGUGGCGAGAUCUCACUGAUGAAGAAAAACAAGAAUAUUUAAACGAAUACGAAGCAGAAAAGAUAGAGUACAAUGAAUCUAUGAAGGCCUAUCAUAAUUCCCCCGCGUACCUUGCUUACAUAAAUGCAAAAAGUCGUGCAGAAGCUGCUUUAGAGGAAGAAAGUCGACAGAGACAGUCUCGCAUGGAGAAAGGGGAACCGUACAUGAGCAUUCAACCUGCUGAAGAUCCAGAUGAUUAUGAUGAUGGCUUUUCAAUGAAGCAUACAGCCACCGCCCGUUUCCAGAGAAACCACCGCCUCAUCAGUGAAAUUCUUAGUGAGAGUGUGGUGCCAGACGUUCGGUCAGUUGUCACAACAGCUAGAAUGCAGGUCCUCAAACGGCAGGUCCAGUCCUUAAUGGUUCAUCAGCGAAAACUAGAAGCUGAACUUCUUCAAAUAGAGGAACGACACCAGGAGAAGAAGAGGAAAUUCCUGGAAAGCACAGAUUCAUUUAACAAUGAACUUAAAAGGUUGUGCGGUCUGAAAGUAGAAGUGGAUAUGGAGAAAAUUGCAGCUGAGAUUGCACAGGCAGAGGAACAGGCCCGCAAAAGGCAGGAGGAAAGGGAGAAGGAGGCCGCAGAGCAAGCUGAGCGCAGUCAGAGCAGCAUCAUUCCUGAGGAAGAACAAGCAGCCAACAAAGGCGAGGAGAAGAAGGAUGAUGAGAACAUUCCAAUGGAGACAGAGGAGACACACCUUGAAGAAACGACAGAGAGCCAACAGAACGGUGAAGAAGGCACGUCUACUCCUGAGGACAAGGAGAGUGGGCAGGAGGGGGUCGACAGUAUGGCAGAGGAAGGAACCAGUGAUAGUAACACUGGCUCGGAGAGCAACAGUGCAACAGUGGAGGAGCCACCAACAGAUCCCAUACCAGAAGAUGAGAAAAAAGAAUAAAUGUUGCCUUGUUUUAUGUGUUCUAAAUACUUUUUUAAAUGAAAAAAUGUUUUUUGGUUUUAAUGGUGUUAUGUGGUUUGUGUAUUAAUUUUUUCUUGUCCAUAUCACACCACCAAAGGCUUUUGGACCAUUUAGCAUCAUGAGCCUAAUGGCACAGUCAGUCACCUUUCUUAAGUGUUGUGAAGAUGGCUCUUUUCUUUGGAUCUUGUUUCUAGCCCUCAGCUGCUGAAAGCCUCAGAAUUUAGGUUAAUUGAGAAAACAGCCACCUCUUUUAGAGAAUUAUCCUUUGAUGCUGCAGAAUCUACUCUUACAAUGCCUUCCUACAGCUCACUGGGGUGCUUACCAAAGCCAUAGCUUUAAACCUUCCCAAUCCCCAUCAACAGCUUCCUGAAAGUUUCCUCUCUUGUUUACUUCUGCAAAGGGUAGCUUCUUAAAAACGUGAUCAUGUAUGAGUAAGUAUUUGUUCACUUACCCUUUUUUACUUUUAAUCAAUGUCAGAUACCAAGAGUUGUGUUAAGAAGUUGAGUGUAGCCUGCAACUAACUACGCGUGGAUCUUAUUGAUCCAGAAAUAGUCCCCAUAGUUAGAGUAGUUACUUAUGAAAUGGUCAUUAAAGUGAACACAGCACAUAUACAUUAUCUGUACUGCUUUUUGUUGUGAUUAAUAUUGGGUAUGUUCUGGUAAAUCCAUCCUUAUUGUAUAGAAAGAAAAUUACUUUUUUACCAGGUUUUCCAAAGACAGAAUAGAUCACAAAGCUCAAGGAAUUUAAUAUUCUUGUAAUGGACUAGAUAAUUCAAACUGAUGAGCCCAUUCCUGAAGAAAAACAGCUGGGAAUUAAGUUAAUCCCCUUGAAAUUGUUUUACAAUAAUCAGAACAUUCGAAACCUCAAGGCUCAGGAUCCCAUAGAUCAGAGCCCACCUUUUUGAUAAACUCUUAAAGUCUUGGAGACUAGAAGCAAGCUAGUUUGUGACACAUAUGCUUCCCAAAAACUAGAAUAGAUUUUUACUGAAUAGUAUAUCUGAUGGUAUAUGUUUCUUAAAGGUCCAAAUGUAAUAAAAAAAAAAA